GCGAUCAAAUGUGGUAAUUAGUUAUUCUGUAGCACUCGUGCGCUUAUCUCGUGUUCCGAGAGAAAAGUCACUCGGUCCAGGAGACAUGGUGCGAGACAGUACAUUGGCUCUGUUUGCGCUUGUUAAUCAGUUCAAUUGAAUAAUGUAUUAAUACGUCGGGGUCAUCACGAGGGGUUAAUCGCAAUGUCCACGCCGGACACGAUGGACACCAUCGAUGAAGCGGAGCAGGCAUGGCAUGAGAUGCUGGAAUGCGAGACCGGAUCCCUGUUGGGCCGCGUCGCGGACCUGGAGAGGCAAUCCUUGGCCCAAAGGGACGAGAUAGUAUGUCUUCGCGCUACACUCGCGGACGCAUUGAGGCGAAUUGCCCAACUAGAGGGGCGCGAGAAAAGAGAAGAUGAGAAAAGCGAGAGAAGGAACGAGAGAUUGGUAUCCUCGCCGUUAAGGAAUGGACACGUACCACUUAGAAAUAAUCAAAGUUCUGUACCCCAGAAAGACAUACGUUUGCGCCAAACUGGCGGUUCCUGUCUUAGGAAUUCCUCCUCUUCAGGAUCUUCCCAUGAUGUCCGAGAUUCGAUCUCCACUCCACGAAGACCGGUCAGUUACACGCAUUCCUCUCAACUUCCUCAAAGAAGGUCAGUUCAUUACCAAUCAACGGGUUCGUUACACUCGGACAGCCCCAGUAGUAGUAGCGUUUCCCCGGUACCAUCGCCAAGUCCUAGAGCCACACCACUGCCAGUAACCAGAUCACCGACAACAAGAUCAAACGGGCCACCCCAAAGCAGCUUAAGAAGGGCGAAACGGUGGUCGUCGACAGGGGACUUUACGCAUUCCCCGCAAAAUCAGGGAAGCAAUUCGCAGCUUGUCAGUAGCAGAUUGUCAGCCUCCACCAAGUCUCUGUUCAACCUCUUCAAGCCUCCGGCGCUGAACAACGUGAAACACGGCACCAGAGAAAUGCAGUACAACGAGGAGGAAAACACCGUCCGCAUGUACCUACGAGGACGACCCGUCGUUCUCUACGUUCCGACACCUCUGGUGGAAUCGUACGACCUUCACAAAGUCAACACACCACCCCAGAGCAAACUAAAACUCGACUGGGUGUACGGCUACCGAGGCAGGGACUGUCGAAACAAUCUGUAUUUAUUGCCGACCGGAGAAACCGUUUACUUCGUUGCAGCGGUGGUGGUCUUGUAUAACAUGGAGGAGCACAGCCAGAGGCACUACUUAGGUCACACGGACGAUAUCAAAUGCAUAGCAAUUCAUCCAAACAAACUGGUGGUCGCCACUGGUCAAGUAUGUGGAACCGAUAGACGAGAUGCUAUGCCACAUAUAAGGAUAUGGAAUUCAGUCAGUUUAACUACCCUUUGUGUAAUUGGUAAUGGUGAGUUCGAUGGUUCGAUUUGUUGCCUCUCAUUUUCGAAAGCAGACGGUGGAAAUUACUUGUGUGCGAUCGACGAGACUUCUGAUCACAACAUCUCGAUCUGGGAUUGGCAGAAAGGAGAACGGGGCACCAAGGUGACUGAAACGAAGUGCUCCGUGGACACGGUGGUAUGCGCCGAGUGGCAUCCGCUGGAACGGAACCAGAUCGUGUCAUGUGGGAAGGGACACGUGUCUUUUUGGUCACUCGAUAACGGUGGUAUGCUGUACAAGCGUAUGGGCAUUUUUGAGAGCAGGGAAAAGCCAAGAUAUGUCACCUGCGUGGCGUUCAAUCAGAGUGGUGACGUUCUUACCGGCGACAGCAACGGUAACAUCAUCGUUUGGGGCAGAGGAACAAAUACAAUCUCUAAAAUCGUGAGGAACAUUCACGAGGGAUCUAUAUUUUCAAUUUGUGUUCUGAAAGAUGGUUUUAUUGUCACCGGUGGUGGCAAAGACGGCAAAAUAUUAUACUUCGACGAAUCUUUGAAUUUGACGGAAGAAGAAGCACAAAUUGAGGAUCAUUUUGGAGGAAUUCGAACACUUGCAGAAGGCAGAGGUUCACAGCUGUUAAUCGGAACGACAAGAAAUUGCAUUUUAGUAGGUGACGUGAGAAUGGGAUUCAAUCCAGCGAUGCUGGGACACGCUGAGGAAGUUUGGGGACUCGCUGCCCAUCCAACUUUGCCGCAAUUUGCAACAGCAGGCUACGACCGAUUGUUGCAAAUGUGGGAUAGCCUUAGCCACACUGUCGUUUGGAGUAAAGACAUCGGAGAACAAGCACAGAGCAUUGGGUUCUCACCAGAUGGUAAUGUUAUGGUGGUCGGAUGCAAUGCCGGAAAAUGGUUGGCAAUCGACAGUGAAACUCGUCAAUUAUACUCUCUUCAUAUUGAUGGGUCAGAACCUAUUCAGGUCAUUCGCUUUUCACCAGAUGGUACAUUAUUAGCGCUCGGUUCCAGAGAUAAUUACAUUUAUAUUUAUCAAGUAAAUGAAGAUGCAACCAAGUAUAGUCGAGUUGGACGAUGUAUGGGACAUUCCAGUUUUAUAACUCAUUUGGACUGGUCAGUGGAUGGGCAAUACUUACGUAGUAAUAGCGGAGACUAUGAAUUGUUAUAUUGGAAUCCAGGAGUCUGUCGUCAGAUACCACAACCAUCAAUAAUGAAAGACAUGGAAUGGGCAAGUCAUACUUGUGUCAUAUCCUUCGAAACAAUUGGAGUAUGGCCUGAAGGUGCAGAUGGAACAGAUGUGAACAACUGUACACGUAGCAGUGAUUCAAAAUUACUUGCAACUGGAGAUGAUUUUGGAAAAGUCAAGCUAUUCUCUUACCCUGCUUGUCAACCGAAGUCGCUGUGUCAUGCGUACGGUGGCCACUCGAGUCACGUUACCAAUGUGUCGUUCCUUCAAGACAACACACGAUUAAUUUCUACUGGCGGAAAUGACACAAGCGUUCUUCAAUGGAUUGUAAAUUACUAAUUCUACGCAAUUGAUGCCAUUUAUAUCAAAUCCAUUUACUUUCAAAGUGUCCUUCGUGAUCCAAUGGCAAAAAAACGAACGGAAGAAAUGAAAACGAAACGUUCCACGAUUGAAAAAUGACGCUAGUUCUUCAAUGAAAAAUAAAUUGUCGGCGAAUGAAGAAGUAUAGGAAGGAAAACAAAUAUAGUGUUCCUCCGAUUUUUCUUGGACG